UUAAAUUUUUUCUUCUCAAUUUUUUGGUGUUUCUUUUCCAUUUCUUCUGCUUUGCUUUCUUCCUUUCUUCUUUUUCUCAUUUUUAUCUUAAUUUUAGUUAGUAUUGCUAGAUUAGUACAGUUCGCAUAGUCAGUAUUGUUGGUAUAGUUAGCAUAGUUGGUAUAGUUAAUACUUUAUUAGCAUAGUUAGUGUAGUUAGUAGUAGUUAGCGCUGUUGGCACAGUUAGCAUAGUUAGCGUUGUUAGUUAGGAUAGUUAGCAUUGCUAGUUAGUGCUGUCAGUCAGUGUAGUUAGGUCACAAGUAUGCAGGGCCUCACAGCCAACUGUGCUGACAAGGAGGCUCAUAUUGAUGAUUAUGAGAUCCUCCACACCAUUGGCGAAGGCAGCUUUGCUAAAGUGAAGCUGGCCCGGCACAUUCUGACCGGGAGACAGGUGGCUGUAAAGGUCAUUAAAAAGAGGCGUCGGAGCUUCUCAACUUUCCAGCAGCGACUUUUCCGGGAAGUGCACAGUAUGAAGGCUCUGAAUCACCCCAAUAUUGUAAAACUGCUGGGGGUGAUUGACACGAAGGAGACAAUGUUCUUAAUAAUGGAGUACCUCAGUGGUGGGGACAUGUACACCUACUUGAACAUACAUGGCCGUAUGACAGAGGCACAGGCCCGAGGCCCGUUCCAGCAGCUGGUCUCUGCUCUGCAACACUGCCACCAGAGGGGCAUCGUGCACCGGGACCUGAAGCCACCGAACCUCCUCUUUGAUGCCAACAUGAAUAUAAAACUCACAGACUUUGGCUUCAGCAACAAGUGUGAUGACAGCAGGAAACUGGACACGUUCUGCGGCACAGUCGCGUAUGCUGCCCCGGAACUCUUGCUGGGGCAGAGGUACAGCGGCCCUGCGGCGGACGUGUGGAGCCUGGGAGUAGUGUUCUACAACAUGGUAACUGGGUCCAGUCCCUUUGUGGGAAAAGACGUGCAGGAGCUGCGGAAGCAAAUCUUAAAAGGGCAAUAUCCCAUUCCAAAUUACCUGUCUGUGGAGAUAAGGAGUUUAUUACAAAAAAUGAUCUCCCUCAAGCCCAGUGACAGAGGCACCUUACCUGACCUCAUGAAGCACCCAUGGGUGAAUAUGGGCCAGAAGAAGCCACUCCAGCCACCCUGUGAAGAGGACCUGGAGGUGACAGUGAGGAGGAUUCUGGACUCGAUGUGGGACGAGAUCCAGGACGGAGGAGAAGGCAGUGUGAGCUCCAAGAAACCAAUGGUGGGGUCCUCCAUCAUAGCUGCAGGGCCCUUCUCCUCCGGGGACCUCAGUGGCAAUGAACUCGAGCCUUUUCCAAGCCCUGAGUUGUCCACCCUGGAAACCAGGCGGCUCCACCAGGGAGAAAAUAUGCAAGAGCAGGAAGACCAGCAGGCAGGGCAGAAGACCAGUGAGCCUGCCUGUCCCCCACCCAGCCUGGACUCAAGGACUGCCACCCCCAGCCCAGCCCACCAGUGUGGCCCUGGAGCAUACCCCUGCACCAGCAGCAGGACUGGAGCCCCAGCGGGAACCAGCUGCCCCCUGCAUGUGUCCAACACUGGAAGGUCCUCCCACGCUGCACAGCCUGAGAGUAUGUCCUCAUCCAUUCCCUUUGGCCACAGCCAGAAAAAGCAAGGGGUGGCUGGGACAGUCUGGAACUUUUUAAAAAGGCAUCUUGGUGGUUGUUGCCAGCUGCCCAGCAAGAGGCGUCGUAAUAAAGUGAGCCCAUCUGAACCCCAUGGGUGACCGAGGCAGGAAGGUCAGGCCGCCGCGCUCCCUGGGACCCGGUCCAGUGGAAGGUGACUGUGUUCUCUGCACGGCCUUCAGAAGCAUCGUAUCCAAGACCCUGGCCAGCUCAGAGGAUGGUCCGGAGCAGCCAGGGCAACAGAGAG